ACAUAGAAAGCAGUAGCAGCAAGCAAGCAAUGGAGAUAGAAUCGGUCAAGUGCGAGUGAUGUGGCCUGAAGGAGGACUGCACCCCGCACUACAUUGCCAGCGUGAGAUCAGGCUUCCAUGGCCAAUGGUUGUGUGGGUUGUGCUGUGAGGCGGUCAGAGAUGAAGCAUGCAGGAGGAAGGCUCACCCAG